AAUGUGGGUGUGAAAGAGAGACAGCGCGCGCGCUCUCUCUUAUUGAUCAAAUUUACCGUUGCUUUCGCCGUCGCCAUAUUUUAUAUUCGUCGCCCAAAGGACAUCGCGACUUUCUUGUUGCGUUUUUGUUUUUCGCCUUAAUUUACUUUGGCGCAUAAAUCAAAUAUUUACAUUCCGAAAUUGACGUCUUGAAAGCGCGGUCGCAAAAAUUCACCGUUCGUCCUUUUGCGCGACUGUGUGCGUGUGUCUGUGUGUGUGCAGGAUUUAAUACCUAAAAUAAACAUUUAUUUGACCUCCAGCCGAUUAGUGAAAUACCAAAAGUAACAAAAAUAAUAAACACUCUUUGAAGUGCGCUCGCCAUAUAUAAAAUAUAAGAAACGUUUGAAAAUUCAAUUUCCCUGAAGAAAUUCCAUCUCAAUAUUAACUCAAGCUCAAGACAUCAAAAAAGGGAUAUUAAUUGCUGUGCGUAAACAUUCGAAGCUUGGAUCCUGGCAAAUAAAGUGUGCGGAAAAGCCUUGGCUUCAUUUCCCUCCUCUCAUUGAGUCCGCGUGGCAUGCAACCGUGUAGUCCAGCGGGAGAAGUCGCAAUGAUGCCGCCGUCGAAGAGUCCCGUGAUGGAGAGUGCCGCCUCCGAACAGAAUGCUGGCCAGCAGAGUGGUCGGCCAAGUCAGCAGGAUGAGCAGAGCGCCAAGAGGGCCUGCCCACUAAAGUUUUCCAUUGCAUCGAUCAUGGAGCCGGAUCACAGGCCCAGUGUUCAGAUACCGCCACCUCAGUCGGCUCCAGUUUCCUUCAUAAGCAACGAAGAGGACGAUGAUGAUGAGGAGCCGGAAAUCGAUGCUGAUUCGGAGCGCUCCUGCAGUCCCAUCGAGGUGAUCAGUUUGGAUCAAUCGCCGGUGAACUAUGACUCCGCUUUUAAGAAGUAUGUGCCGGGUGCCUGCUCGAGCGUCACUGCAGCAGUGGUGGCCACACCACCGAGCACCGCGGCUGUACAGCAAUUCGUGAGCUCCCGCCACCAGGAGCUGCUCUCCCAGUAUCCCCUGCUCUACUAUGCACCCAAUCAACUGAUGUGCGCCGCUGCUGCCGCCCAAUAUGCCGCCCUCACUGCCCAACAACAAUCGCUGGCCAGUGCCGCCCAUCUGAGCAGCUUUACCGCCUCGCUAAAUGCCAGUUUGCAUCAUUCGCAGUCGUUGAGAAGAAAUCUGGGUCAUCCCUUGGCCGCCGCCGCUGCUGUGGCCGCUGUGGCCCAAUCCCAGGCAGUGCCCAAUAGUCUGCAACAGAGUCUGGAAAAGUCGCCGGUGGCACAGAGGACACCACAAAGUGCGGGAUUGCAGGGGAAUCUCAAGCGGAAACGAUCGCCGCAGGAUCAGGGUGAGCUGACACCACCACCGGUGGCCACUACCACUGGAGGCACUACCACUACCACAGGAGCCGGACCCCGAUCCAGAUCGCCUUCGCCUCAGGGUUCCCUGGAGGACAGCAGUCCAGGCUCGGCGAGUGGUGGCAAACCGAAGACCUUCUCCUGCCUGGAAUGUGGCAAGGUGUUCAACGCCCACUACAAUCUCACCCGCCAUAUGCCAGUUCACACGGGCGCCCGGCCAUUUGUCUGCAAAGUGUGUGGCAAGGGAUUUCGACAGGCGUCGACCCUGUGCCGCCACAAGAUCAUCCAUACGUCGGAGAAACCGCACAAGUGUCAGACCUGCGGCAAGGCCUUCAAUCGAUCCUCCACCCUCAACACCCAUUCACGCAUCCAUGCUGGCUAUAAGCCCUUCGUUUGCGAGUACUGCGGCAAGGGUUUCCAUCAGAAGGGCAACUACAAGAAUCACAAGCUAACGCACAGUGGUGAAAAGGCCUACAAGUGUAGCAUUUGCAACAAGGCCUUCCAUCAGGUGUACAAUCUCACCUUCCACAUGCACACGCACAACGACAAGAAGCCAUAUACUUGCAGGGUUUGUGCCAAAGGAUUCUGCAGGAAUUUCGAUCUUAAAAAGCAUAUGCGAAAGUUGCAUGAAAUUGGUGGUGAUCUGGAUGAUCUGGACAUGCCAGCUACUUACGACAGCAGAAGGGAGUACACCCGCAGGGAGCCACUUUCCUCGGGUUAUGGUCAAAAUUCGGGACAACUAACGCCGGAUUCGAGUUCGGGCAGUAUGUCGCCGCCCAUAAAUGUGACCACACCGCCACUUUCGAGUGCGGAGACCAGCAAUCCAGCCUGGUCUAGGUCCUCGCAGUAUCCCUCCGGUAGUUUCCAUCACCCAUUGGGUGGAGUGACUGCUCCACAUGAUUACCCCAGUGGCUCGGCCUUCCUGCAACUUCAACCACAUCAGCCGCAACAACAUACAAAUCCCCAGCAGCAGCCACAUCAGCCACAUCAGCCAAAUCACCAGCAAAGACUCUCGGAGACUUUCAUAGCCAAGGUGUUUUGACAGCGAUACUAUGCCGAUAGUUUGAACAGCUCCACGGGAGCGACGACUACGACGAGCAGCUCCUCCACGGUGAGCACAUCCAUAUCGACCAUGGCCAAUUCGAGAAGUGAUCUGCUGAUCGACUGACUGCAGUUUGUGGCAGCGGCAGCCGCUGCGAGUAACUCCAAUUCCGGGCAGGAACCCGGUGGAGAGUCACCAUCGCCAGAACUGGCCGGAUGUACGGCUCUGGGCAGUGCUGUACGGGCUUUGAAUGGACUCUUCUAACGGACAGGACACACCCACCUUUUAACCCUCAACAGCCAAACAAAUGGUUUCAACUUGUGCAAUACCACCCCACUCAGA